GAGCAUUCCUGUUAAGAUUGUUUCUAUAAAGACAUGACCACACAGUACGGUAUUCUCUUCAAGCAAGAGCAAGCUCACGAUGAUGCCAUUUGGUCAGUUGCCUGGGGAAAAAAUAAAAAAGAUGGUUCCGAAACAGUGAUCUCUGGUUCUUUGGAUGAUCUAGUGAAGGUCUGGAAGUGGAAUGAUGAAAAAUUGGAUCUACAGUGGACUUUGGAGGGUCACCAACUGGGUGUGGUAUCUGUGGAUAUCAGCCACACAGGCUCCAUUGCAGCAUCCAGCUCCCUAGAUGCCCAUAUUCGCCUUUGGGAUUUAGAAACUGGCAAACAGAUCAAGUCAAUAGAUGCUGGUCCUGUUGAUGCUUGGUCCCUGGCUUUUUCACCUGAUUCCCAGUACCUUGCAACAGGAAGUCAUGUGGGAAAAGUAAAUAUUUUUGGUGUUGAAACUGGAAAGAAAGAAUAUUCUCUGGACACCAGAGGAAAGUUCAUCCUUAGCAUUGCAUAUGUAAGAAGCACAAUUGAUAAUUUCUUACGUGAAAUUGCUAUUGCUGUAGCAUGUUGUAAAUCAGUAUUUUU